AACCCGUCCUAUCCCGGAAGCGGAAAUAGGGCUUCUGUGGAAGUGUGCGGGACUCUUAGCAGUGUGAUUCCUCCGGCCUGCCUGGAUGGCGCGCCUGCCUCGCACCUUCCUGGUCUUCGGGGGCUUCGUGGGCUUGGUGGGCCUGGCCCUUUACCCCAUCUACUUCAGGCCCCUGAUGCACCUGGAAGACUACAGAAAGGAGCAAGCAGCAAAUCGAGCUGGCAUUAUUCAGGAAGAUGUUCAGCCUCCAGGAUUAAAAGUGUGGUCUGAUCCAUUUGGAAGAAAGUAAAACUCUCUUUGAAUGCCAUCUCGAGAAUGGGUCUAUUCUCCCCUCUUCAGUCCAUGGAGUUGUGGAUUUUUCAGUAAAUGAAGAUAAUACUGAAGAAGGACUUUGUAUGUUGGGCUGUUCUGUUUAGCAUCAGUUUGUCUAGCGGGAGGAGCAGUUGCUAUGGGUUAAAAGUAUUGUGUGUCAGUGAUCCCAUAGUAAUGUAACAAACUGCAUUUGGUGUUUCUGCUGAACAAAUAGAAUAAUGACCUUUUUCUUCAGUGGAGGAAUGGGAGGGAAUUGCUUUGGUGGACAUAGAUGAGACAUGAUUAUACAAUUUCUAUGAAUUUCUAUAAAUGCACUGAAAAAUGAAAUAUUUGUAAAAUAGAAAACUAGUAUUGAAAAUCUGAAUGCCUCUGUGUAUCUGUAAAUUAUGCCUUGAUUCAAACAGAAUUUUGCAGUGUAAAUAAUAAUAAUAAUAAUAAUAAUAAUAAUAAUAAUAAUAAUAAUAAUAAUAAUAGUUGCUUGUGCAGCGAAGGAGGAUGACCUGUAAUAAUGAUUUGUAUGUGUAUACAUGUACACACACACACACUGCAGUGCAGGUCUUCAGAAUAAAGACUUUCCUGUUUUAAAGAAUAUAAA